AGCUUAUCAUCACAACAGUGCUAUUCAUUCAACUUAAGGUCCUAAAUAUAGUAUGAAAUGUAAUAAAUAAAUAGCAUCAGAAGGUGGUGUAUUAAGAAAAUCUGGAGAACCACAAAAACAAUACACAGCAUUAUUAGGGGAUAUAGGAGGUACGAAUAUAAGAUUUAAAUUAGUUUUUUUUAUAAAAUCAUCUAACUUUCCAACAUUAAUAAAGAAGUCAGUAAUCAAUGAAAACAGCAGCAUAUAAUUCUUUUGCAGACGCCAUAGCUGAAUUUUUAGAAGGAAUCUCAGAAAAGGAUUGGCCUUAAUUUGCAGGAGUAGGAAUGGCUGGAGCUGUAUUAAACAACGAAAAUCGUGUCACUAAUGCUCCUCACUGGCCAAAAAUAGUAGGUAAAAUAAAAAUUCCCUAUAAAUAAAUAUAUAUAUAAAUUAGGAAACGAUCUUGCCAAAUAAUUUAAUAUGAAAAAAUUUCAACUUUUUAAUGAUUUCGAAAUAGCCUCAUAUGCUUGUCUUAAUUUAAACGAAACAGAGCUAAUAUAAAUAAAUGAUGCAUAACCAAUUAAUAACAAAAUAAAAAGUGUAUGUGGACCAGGAACAGGACUUGGAGUUUCAAUGAUAGUUCCUCAUCAAAAAUACUAAGGAUCAGAUGAAUAUGUAUAUUAGGUUUGGCCUGGAGAAGGUGGUCAUUGUAGUUUUCCUGCAGUUACAUAACUUUAAUAAGAAUUCCAUGAAUUUCUGUUGUAGUAUCAUAAUGAUAAAACUGCUAUUGCUUUAGAAUAUGUUUUCGCAGGACCAUGUAUUCCUUUCAUGUAUUAAUUCUUUAAAUUAAAAUACCCAGAUGCUGAAUUAGUCUGUGAAAAUAAUGAAGGUGAAAAUCUCUUUGAUCUUGAUAAUUAUCUUAAAAAAGUACAUUCAAGUGAUUCUAAAGAAAGAGAAACUGCUCAUUUUCCUUCUCAUAGAAUUAUCUAAUAUGGAGUUAAUGAAGAAGAUUAAAUUUGUCAUGAAGUUGUAAAACUAUUUAUUAGUAUUUAUGAAAAUGCCAUUGGAGAUAUUGCUAUUAGAACUCUUUCUUAUUCUGGAAUUUAUUUAGUCGGUUCAAUGACAAUCGCUAUUCUUCCUUAUUUAUUAAAAAAUAGAAAAUAAUUUAUGAAAGAAUAUAUUGAUAAUAGACCUUAUUUGAAAAAUAUUUUUAGUAAAAUUCCUAUUUAUGUAGUAAGAAAUGUUGAAAUGGGAUUAGAUGGAGCAUUUUUCGUUACUAAAUAAAUGGCAAUAAAUAGUGAAUGAAUCAUUAUAAUUUUUUUUUUUAAAAAAAAAAUAUUUUAUAAUCUAAAACAUAUUAAAAUAUCAAAUUUAAUUUAAUUUUUUUUUUUAUAUUUUGUUUAAUUAUCAAAACAAUAUAAAAUUUUAGAAUUGAU